UUUGGAUCCGACACUCUCCAGAAAACCAUGGAGUUGGCGGCACUGUGAUCCCUGGACUCCAGCCCUGGUGGCGGCCAUGGAACGGGACAGCUAUCUGUGACCACGGUCCUCUGUGCACGGUACCAAGCGGAAAGAACCAGCCUCUUGGGUGAACAGCUGCAUCGACUUCGACUGAGGCACAAUCAGUCUGGCUCUGCCAAACAGCAGCCUCGCUCCCAACCCCUAUGCCUUGUGAGUCAGUUGCCCCAUCGCCACCCCGUCUGCACAUCCACGAGAGAGGGUCUGUGGGAGCAACUUCAUGCCGUGCGCUCCAGAGUCUGGACUGGCUCCACCACGAUAUGUGGUUUGUGACAACACAAUGUCCCCAGCGGCAAGGUGCAAGGCCUCGUCGUGCGUGGGCCAGAAGAAGCUGGUGCUGAUCCUUUGCCUCUCCUUUCUGAUAGUCCUGCUCAUUGCCUUCAUCCUGCUCUUCCUGUUCUGGCGGUCCAACACCGGCUUUCUGUACAAGGAGCCAACUGAGAGCUGCAGCCACAGAGCCGUACGCUGUGACGGGGUGGUCGACUGCUCCCAGAAGAGUGAUGAGCUGGACUGCGUUCGGUUCAGGUGGGAUCAGUCUCUGCUCCACGUCUACUCCAGCACCGAGAAUCAGUGGCUGCCUGUCUGCAGCAGCGCCUGGAACGACUCCUUCUCCAGGAAGACCUGCCAGCAACUGGGAUUUCAAAGCACAUUCAGCACAGAGUACGUGCCAGCCUCCUUCCCUGGCAAAAGCCUCACUGUCACCAAGGAGCACCCCUCGAUCCAGCAGAGUCUCAACAGCUCCAAGUGUCCCACGGGAAAAUACGUCUCCCUCCGAUGCACAAGCUGUGGACAAAGGACUUCUGGCCGGAUCAUUGGGGGGAACGAAGCUUCGGCGAGUAAGUGGCCCUGGCAAGUUAGUCUCCAGUACGGGCCGAGCCACAUCUGCGGGGGGACAGUCAUUGAUACCCAGUGGGUGCUGACAGCUGCCCACUGCUUCUUCAUGAACAGCGUGAAGAUCCUCAAUGAGUGGAAAGUGUAUGCCGGGGCCUCCAACCUGCUUCAUCCUGCCAAGGGCAUCCCCACCUCCCAGAUCAUCAUCAACUCCAACUACAGCGAUGACUAUGACGACUACGACAUCGCGCUGGUGAAACUUGCCACGCCCUUAACGAUAUCGGGGCAGGUCCGCCCCGCUUGUCUCCCGAUGUCUGGCCAGACAUUCCAGGCUGGGAGGACGUGCUUCAUCACUGGCUUUGGCAAAACCAGUGAGAACGAAGAGAACACCUCCCCAAAGCUGCGGGAGGCGGAAGUGGGCUUGAUCGACUACAAGAUCUGCAACAGCAGUAGCGUGUACCAAGGCGAGCUGACCCCCCGCAUGAUGUGUGCAGGGUACUUGCAAGGAGGGAGGGACUCGUGCCAGGGUGACAGCGGCGGCCCCCUGGUCUGCGAGGAUAACAGCCGGUGGUACGUGGCCGGAGUGACGAGCUGGGGAAUUGGCUGUGGCCAGAAGAACAAGCCCGGGGUUUACACUCAAGUUACAGAGCUCCUCAGCUGGAUUCACAGCAAAAUGGAGAGUGAGAGUGACUAAGGAUGAGGCAGGCAUCUAGUGGGGCUGUGGCUUCUCCUGCUAACAGCUCCAGGUGCAGCUAGAUCCUCGGCGCUGGUCUGCUGUCACAGGGCGAAAUGCCAGUGAUCGCCCUUUGAGUAUGGACUGUCCGGAGGAUUUAUGACCUGGUGCUGCCCUGAAGCCCUGAAAACACAGUGCCUCCAGAACUUCAAAGUCAAUUCAUUUUGCCAACAACCAAGAUGGGAAAUAUAAGCAGAAUACCAGGGGAAAUGUCCCAAUGGUGAGACCUGUGAGCUGGUGAAAUACUUUCCCAAGGGAAGUGGCAGAAGCCCUAUUACCUGAGACAUUUAAAACUGGACUUGACAAAGCACUUGAAAAUCAUGCUAUAAGGCACAGUCCUGCACUGAC